CAAUUAGUUUAACCGAAAUUAGUUUAUUUCUCAUUGCGCAACUCGGGACUUUUAUUUGCGAGCGCUAAGUUCGUCUUAGUUGCCGUAACCUCGUACUUCAAAAACCGACCAAAACCCUCUCAAAUCGUAAAAUUAUGGAAAAGCGGAUCUUGAAAAGAAAAUCGGUGGUAAAAGUGCCGGUGUCGGAAAAACGCCAAAAGGCAGGAAAUGGGGAAACAAACCCACAGCCAGCGGAAUCUGAUACAGACAGCGAGUACGAAGAGGAAGAAGGAGGAUUUCGCAUAGGAGGAGUUUAUGUCCCUCCGCCUCCUGUAGCCCUCUGUUCCUCUGAAACUGCAGGCCCUCGCCUCAUUAUCACGCACAUCGUGAAUAUGAACUUCAAGAGUUAUGCCGGACGGCAAGUGCUCGGACCUUUUCAUAAGAGUUUCACCAGCAUUAUUGGACCGAAUGGAAGUGGAAAAAGUAACGUGAUAGACUCCAUGCUGUUCGUAUUUGGUUACAGAGCAAGUAAGAUUCGAUCAAAAAAAAUUUCUGUUCUCAUUCACAAAUCUGAGAACUUUCAGAAUAUAAGAAGCUGUUCGGUUGAAGUACAUUUUCACCAAAUACAAGAUAAAGAUGGGGAUGACUUUGAAGUUAUACCAAAUUCAGACAUCGUCAUCGGCAGAACUGCUAAUGCUGACAAUUCCUCAUUUUACACAGUCAAUGGUAAAAAAUCCCAUUUCAAGCAAGUAGCAGCCAUUCUUCGUUCACAUGGUAUUGAUCUGGUCCACAACAGAUUUUUAAUUUUACAGGGUGAGGUUGAACAGAUUGCCAUGAUGAAGCCAAAAGCCCAGAAUGAGCAUGACACUGGGAUGUUAGAGUACCUAGAAGACAUUAUCGGUACUAGGCGAUACAUGAAACCACUGUGUAAGUUGGAAGGGAAAGUUGGACAACUAGAAGAGGAAAGGCAAGAAAAAUUCAACAAAUGCAAAAUGGCUGAAAAUGACUGCAACGCUCUCAAACCGUCGUAUGAAGAGGCAAAAGAAUAUUUGAAAAUCUCAAACAGAUAUGCCUAUUUGAGCAACAAGCUUUUCCAAAAGAGAAUUUGGGAAGAUGAAAAUAAGCUGCAGACUGUUCAAAAACAGAAGGAAGAAGUCGAUAAAGAGAUAGCUGAAUAUACAAGCAAGCUGGAAGAACUUGAAAAAGAGCAAAAUUCCAAGGAAGAAGAAAGAAUUUCAAAACAAAAACAUUUAGAAAAGAAGAAAUUAGAAAAAGAAAAAAUGUGUGAUGAAUUCAAUAAAACAGAAAAUUCUGCUACAAAGCUCAAAGAGGAAAUCAGUGAAACAAAUAAAAGAAGAAAAAGAGCUGUGGAAUCCAAAAAAUCGGAAGAAAAUAAAUUGGCAGAAUUAGAAAAGAUUCCAGAUAAAAAUGCCAAAGAGAUAGAAGAAUUGAGGAAGGUUGAGGCAAAACUAAAAAAAUCUCAAAAUGAAGAGGAAGUAGCUUUUUCUGAGACUCUUCAGAGCAUCAAUGAGGAGACGCGAGAACUCCAAGAACAAAAGGAUGUUCUCAGCAAUAAGCUCAUCGGGCUGAAUAAAUCUAGAGAUGAAGCGAAAGCGAAGUACAAUUUGGCAAAAACUGAGCUUGAUGUUUAUGAAAACAAUGAAAAGAAAGAAAAGGCUAAAUUGGAGAAUUUCACAUCAACUUUACAACAAAGAUCAGCAACGCUUGAAGAAAAAACAAGGUUGUUGGAGAAAAUUAAACAAAAAUUACCUGUGGCUAUGAAUGAAUUGAAAGAAUCUCAGAAGGAGUUGUCUACAGUUAAACCUGAAGAAAUCCAUACUAUGGAAAAAUUAAAUUCACUCAGAGCUCAGCUCCAAGAAAAGAGGUCAUCCCUUCAGGCAAACAGGUCGAGGAAUAGGGUUUUGGAGUUCAUAAUGAAACAGAAAGAAAAGGGGGUUUUGCCCGGCGUAUUUGGAAGAUUGGGAGACCUUGGUGGUAUCGAUGCCAAGUAUGACUGUGCUGUUUCCACCGCCUGUGGGCCUUUGGAUUAUAUCGUCACAGAUACAGUAAAAACGGCUAAAGCCUGCGUCGAACAGCUCAAAAAGUAUGAUGUUGGACGAGGUAACUUUAUAGCAUUAGACCAGCAGGAAGGACUCAAAGCGCAGUACCAAAGAGGGAUCAAAACUCCAGAGAACGUUCCCAGACUCUUUGAUCUGAUCAAAGUAAAUGAUGAGAGGGUAAAACCAGCGUUUUACUUUGGCCUCAGAGACACUCUUGUGGCGAAAGAUUUAAAUCAGGCUAAAAGGUGUGCUUAUGGUGCUACCAGAUACAGAGUUGUCACUCUCAGCGGUGAAAUAAUAGAGAUUGCAGGUACAAUGUCUGGUGGUGGUAAGCAGAAGAGUACAGGACGAAUGGGUAGAUCUGCAACAGUUGCAACUGGAGUAGAAGGCAACUCUGAAGAAAUGGAAUCUGAGAUUGCUCAACUUCAAGAAAGAAGCAACGCAUUGCAUUCUAAAAUGAACCAACUCGAAGAAAAAGUCGCAUCACUCACUAGGGACACUCGGAAAUGGAAGAUUGAACAGAAUAACAUUGAAAUUGAGAUCAAGGGUUUGAAACAACAAGUCAUAGAACUCAAACAGCAAGUGAAAGAACAGGAAGAAGUUGUGAAAGCUGCAGCUCCCGACCCAGGUGAAACACGCCGCCUCAAAACUAAUCUUGACCAAUUAAAAAAAGACUUUGACAAAGCAUCAGAGAAAUCAGCCAAACUAGAGGGUGAAGUUGCAGUCUAUACGAAAAAUAUCGAGGAUUUGACUGGGGGAAGAAUAAAAGAAGCCAGAGGAAAACUCGACAAAAUAACUACAAAAUUAGACAAAAUAACGAAGGAAAUAACUAAACUUGAUGUAGGAAUACACACUUCAAAAAGAAACGUUGUUAAAUGUGCUUCUCAUAUUGAAAAUUACAUAAAUGAAAUAGGAGAAGCUGAACAAAAGCUACUUGAUGCGAGUGAAAAGAACAAAGAGCUCAUAAGAAUUGCAGAUUUGCUAAAUCAAAAAAUUGAAGUUCUUACUAAUGAAAUAGUGGAAAUUGAAAAUUCAGUUAAACAAAUGGAUUCAGGAAUGGGCAAUUAUUCGAGUGAUAUAAACAAAUUUAAAGCGUCGGUUAUAAAUAAAAAGCAGAAAAUUGAUGGAUUUAAAAAAGAAAUACAUGAUAUUAAAGGAUGUAUUGCAUCUCAGAAGAAGCAGUUGACCUGUUUGAAAUUAUAUGAAAUUCCUGAGGAGGAAGACGAAGAAGAUGACGAAAACCUGCCACUCGACCAAAGGGGUGCCCACACAAAAGUGCUUCCUACAAUUCCGCCUGAAGAACUUGAACAGAUCGACCAAGGACACUUGGAAUACAUACACGUAAACACUGGGCAGAUGCUUGAAAAAAGCGAUGCAAAACACAACCUUGAGGUCAUCAAGGACUACAGAGAAAAGCAUUCUUUUUACAAAGACCGAGUGGCUGAAUUGGACAAUACGACAAAACUGAGGGAUGAAGUGAGGCAAGGUUUUGAGAAGCUCAAACAAGCUAGGCUUGAAGAGUUCAUGACCGGAUUUGAAAUUAUAAGCACCAAGUUAAAAGAAAUGUACCAGAUGAUCACACUUGGCGGAGAUGCGGAAUUCGAACUGAAAGAUUCUCUCGACCCAUUUACUGAAGGCGUGAUAUUUAGCGUGAGGCCACCCAAAAAGUCAUGGAAGGAGAUCUCCAAUUUGUCAGGUGGAGAAAAAACCUUAUCCUCUUUGGCACUUGUGUUUGCUCUUCAUUACUACAAGCCAAGUCCGCUUUAUGUCAUGGACGAAAUUGACGCUGCGCUCGACUUCAAAAAUGUAUCAAUCGUCGGAAACUACAUUAAAGAUCGGACAAAAAACGCACAGUUUAUAAUCAUAUCGCUGAGAUCGAACAUGUUUGAACUGGCCGAUUUGUUAGUCGGUAUCUAUAAGACGUAUAACUGUACAAAAAGUACAACCAUCACGCCGAAAAAAUAUGAGCAUAUUGCACUUUCUGAGGCCCAAGAUGUGCCCCAAUCAUCUAAUAAAAAUGUCGCUACAAACGUCGUCAGUAGGGGUUCUCCUCUGUCUAAGGCGACCCAACAGCCCCACUCCACCAGUAUCUUUUUCUCUGAUACCGAGAGUGAUGAUGCUUGCCUGCCUCCUAGGAAGAAGUCUAAAGAGCAUUAAAAUUUGUAAUUAUAAAAUUUAUCGUUUCUUUGUAAUACACCAAAUAUUUAAAUCUCAAGAUUCCAAAACCGUAAUUGAAAUUUGUGAAUUUCAUUGCAGUUUUUCAACAAAGUAUAUAUGCUGUUAUUUAUGUUGUCAUCAAGUUUAAUACUGCCAAUAAAUUGUGCAAAUUGUUUUUUUAAUCA